AUGGCGCUGCCGAGAACAGGCGACAUGGGGUACCACCACCACCACCAGACCGUGACGAGUUCCAAUUGUCAGCCGAGGCCAAGCUCUCCUCUCCGGCUAGAAAAUUCGGAUUUUUACCACAACGAAGGAUACGGUGGCUAUCCACUGCACUGCCCUCAGCGCCGCUCCCCGGUGUAGGACCCCCCGGCGGUCCCCGGUCCGGGUCAACAUCGCCUCGCUGCGGCAGCUAUGGCAGCUACUUUAGGAGGUUAAAGGAAUAAACGCUAUUUCUUCGAACCCAUAUGCUUAUUAAGCACCCAUGGGAUACCCCCCUAGCUCGUACACCUCCGCUCGCGCAUUCGAUCAAGCUCGGUCGAGUGACUCCGCCGCGGAGGUCUCCCACUGCACUCUUCCCAAGGUCAUACCAAGGGUAG